UUAAAGAGCGCGCUCGAGCAGCUCGGGAUUAUUUCAUUUCCUCUCCCUCUGUUGAUCUCAGAGUGAUUUCCACAGUCUCAUUCUGCUCAGCAUAUGUAUUUUUAGAUCUAAAGAAAAACCCGGCGGACUCUCCAUCACCAAAUGAUCCGGUUCCAACUCAGAGAACUCCUCUCAUCACCAUCAUCACCAUCAUCAUCAUCAUCAUCAUCACCAUCAUCAUCAGUAGUGUGGUAGAGGGAAUGAAGCCCUGUAUAAACUCUGCUAAACGCUGAUAUGGAAGGACAGAUCGGAAGUUUCUGAAUGACUGAACGGAUGCAGGAGUUCAGAGUGUAGUUUGAGCUGCUGGAUGGAUCCUGGAUUGGGUUUAAAGACGCUCAUGGAAACCAAAGGUUUUUUACGUCGUGGAUGAACGCUUGCUGUAAAACCCAAACGUGUCAUGGCAUCCCACUCCCCACCAUUACUGUUAUUAGAGCUCAGACUGCAUCCAAGCUGGAGCAGCCUCCGGUCACCCACUUUGUCAUGCCUCCUGUGGAUCUUCUCUGUGUGGGUCAGCCCAGCUUUGAUGGCGCACCAGCACACGCAUCCGCAUUCGAUCAAAAUCCCUGGUGACAUCACACUCGGUGGGCUCUUCCCCGUGCACUCCAAAGGGCCCUUGGGUCAAGCAUGUGGUGAGAUUAAAAAGGAGAAAGGAAUCCAUCGGAUGGAAGCCAUGCUGUACGCUCUAGACCAAAUCAACAGCGAUCCUGAGCUGCUGCCUAACAUCACGCUGGGCACACGGAUUCUGGACACGUGCUCACGAGACACGUACGCGCUGGAGCAGUCACUCACAUUUGUCCAGGCGCUUAUUCAGAAAGAUACAUCUGAUAUCAGGUGCUCCAAUGGCGAGCAACCGAUCAUACGCAAGCCGGAGCGCGUGGUGGGUGUGAUCGGGGCAUCAGCCAGCUCCGUCUCCAUCAUGGUGGCCAACGUACUCCGGCUCUUUGAGAUACCUCAGAUCAGCUACGCCUCCACAGCCCCGGAGCUCAGCGAUAACAACCGCUACGACUUCUUCUCUCGAGUGGUUCCUCCGGACUCGUACCAGGCUCAGGCCAUGGUGGACAUCGUCAAGGCUCUUGGCUGGAAUUAUGUCUCUACACUGGCCUCCGAGGGCAACUACGGAGAGAGCGGCGUGGAUGCGUUUGUUCAGAUCUCUCGAGAGGCAGGAGGCUUGUGCAUUGCUCAGUCUAUAAAGAUCCCCCGAGACCCCAAACCCGGAGAGUUUGACAAGAUCAUUAAGAGAUUAAUGGAGACCCCGAACGCUCGAGGGAUCAUCAUCUUCGCCAAUGAAGACGACAUCAAGCAGAUACUAGAAUCAGCUAAACGGGCGAACCUGACGGGCCACUUUAAGUUUGUGGGCUCAGACAGCUGGGGAGCAAAGAGCGCACCCAUCCUGGACAACGAGGACGUGGCCGAGGGAGCCGUCACCAUCCUGCCCAAAAGAGCCUCUGUGGAAGGGUUCGAUCAGUACUUCAUGUCUCGCUCUCUGGAGAACAACCGCAGAAAUAUCUGGUUUGCUGAGUUCUGGGAGGAUGACUUCAAGUGCAAGCUCACACGGCCGGGCAUCAAGCUCGACCCAGGGAAGAAGAAAUGCACAGGUAAGGAACGGAUCAGUCGCGACUCGCUGUACGAGCAGGAGGGGAAGGUGCAGUUUGUGAUCGAUGCUGUUUACGCCAUGGCACACGCCUUACACAAUAUGCACCAGGACCUGUGUCCGGGGGCAACUGGACUCUGUGCUAAGAUGGACCCUGUAGAGGGACGUUUACUGCUCAAUUACAUCCGUUCUGUCAACUUUAAUGGCAGCGCCGGCACCAGCGUCCUUUUCAACGAGAACGGCGACGCUCCGGGUCGCUACGACAUCUUUCAGUAUCAGUUCAGCAACACAAGCAGCCCAGGAUACAAAGUCAUCGGCCAGUGGACGAACCACCUCCGAAUUAACGUGGAGGAGAUGCAGUGGUCGGGAGGAGAACAUUAUAUCCCUCCGUCCGUGUGCAGCUUUCCGUGUCAGCCAGGCGAGAGGAAGAAGAUGGUGAAAGGCGUACCAUGCUGCUGGCACUGCGAGCUCUGCGACGGCUACCAGUACCAGGUGGGCGAGUUAGCGUGCGAAAUGUGUCCUUUCGAAAUGAGGCCCACGGUGAACCACACCUUCUGCGUACCCACACCCAUCAUCAAGCUUGACUGGCACUCGCCCUGGGCGGUCGUACCCAUGUUCCUGGCCAUCCUGGGCAUCGCUGCCACUCUGUCCGUAGUGAUCAUCUUCGUUCGCUUUAAUGACACGCCCAUCGUGCGGGCUUCAGGACGCGAGCUGAGCUACGUGCUGCUCACAGGGAUUUUCCUGAUCUACCUCAUCACCUUUCUGAUGAUCGCCGAGCCGAACACAGGGGUGUGCGCUUUACGUAGGCUCCUGCUCGGCCUUGGGAUGUGCAUCACCUACUCGGCCAUGCUGACCAAAACCAAUCGCAUCUACCGCAUCUUUGAACAGGGCAAGAAGUCAGUGACGCCGCCGAAGUUCAUCAGCCCGACAUCGCAGCUUGUCAUUACCUUCAUCCUCGUCUCAUUCCAGGUAAUCGGAGUAUUCAUCUGGUUAGGCGUGAUGCCGCCCCACACCAUUGUGGACUACGAAGAGCUGCGGCCGCCCAAUCCCGAGUUGGCACGUGGUAUCCUGAAGUGUGACAUGUCGGACCUGUCGCUGAUCUGCUGCCUAAGCUACAGCAUCUUGCUCAUGGUGACGUGUACCGUUUAUGCCGUCAAAAGCCGAGGCGUCCCCGAGACCUUUAACGAAGCCAAGCCCAUAGGCUUUACCAUGUACACCACCUGCAUCGUGUGGCUGGCCUUCGUGCCCAUCUUCUUUGGCACGGCGCAGUCCACAGAGAAGAUGUACAUCCAGACGACCACGCUGACCGUCUCCAUGAGCCUGAGUGCCUCCGUGUCCCUGGGCAUGCUCUACAUCCCCAAAGUCUACAUCAUCAUCUUUCACCCGGAACAGAACGUGCAGAAACGCAAGCGCAGCUUCAAGGCGGUGGUUCAGGCGGCCACCAUGUCCACUCGUCUGUCACACACCAACAGCGAAAAGCACAACGGCGAGUCUAAGAUGGAGCCUGAUAGGACGCAGUAGCAGGUGGCCUGGAGUGACACACUCGGGAAGAAAGAAAGAAAGAACGAAAGGAAGAAAGAAAGAAAGAAAAAAAAUCAGGACUCUGUUUAGUUGAUUUCCAUUGGAGGACGGCUAUAAGGAGGACUCGGAGGCACGAACGUCAAAACGAUGCAAACACAGAUCAAAAAACGCACAUUUUCAACCCGAAGCUUUAUCCAUCCGCCGACGAUCUUUCGGAUGUCUUGGUGUUUACUAACCGAUGAGGAAAACGUCUGUAAAGAAGGCGAUAUGGACGUUGUAGCAGUGUAGCAGCAUGUGGGACGUGUGUGUACCGAAGUGACUGAAGUGCGUUUGUGUGUGUUUGUGUGUUUGAUGCACCUGCAUUGUCGUGUAAUACCCCCCAGAAGGCAGCUUUUUUAUCUGAAAGUCAACAUUUGCUAUGGUGUUAAUACAAAAUCCGUUAUUGUAUUUAUUUUUCUUCCGAUUUGUUUGAUAUAGAGGCGUGAUGGUAUACAAUGUCGUUCAUGUUACGCUAUAAACGUCUAACGUAAGGCUACUGUAUGCUCUAGAUCAUGAUGUCACCAAAUGAAAAACAAAAAAAGUGCUACGAGAUUUUUCGAAACAGAUGCACUUUUUUUAAAGAAAAAAAAACACACACACUUGGAGGUAAAGAAAAAAAAAUCUCAACAUUGCAUUUUGACAUCGUUUUAUUAAACCAGCUAAGAGCAAUUCAAUUCAAUUCAAGUUUAUUCGUAUAGCGCUUUUUACAAUCGACAUUGUCUCAAAGCAGCUUUACAGAACAUAAACAUAGAACAAAAGG